AUGCAAGCAAUGCACGAGCAAGUCUCUGAAUACUAUGGCAAGACAAUCAAGAAGACAGAAGACCUCAAAUAUGAGGCAUGCGUUGUUGGAGGCGAAGAAACAAAGCAUCAUAAACAGAUUCUCGCAAAAGUCUCACCUAAAGUCAUUGAAUCAUUUUACGGAUGUGGAUCACCAAUUCCAGACCCACUCGAAGGAACUACAUCAAUUGAUCUUGGAAGUGGAACAGGUCGUGAUUGUUUUGUUAUUUCAGCUCUUGCUGGAAAAACAGGCAACGUCAUUGGUAUUGAUAUGACACAAGAGCAAAUAGAUGUUGCAAACGAAGCAAUUGCAUACCAUAAAGAGCAUAUUCUUGAUGCAUCUCCAAUUGAAUUUAGAAAGGGAUUCAUUGAAGAUCUUCGUGCUGCUAAUAUCCCUGAUAACUUUGCAGAUGUUGUCGUUUCCAACUGUGUUAUUAACUUAUCACCACAGAAGAAAGAAGUUUUCAAAGAAAUCUACCGUGUUCUCAAAGAAGGUGGAGAAUUACAUUUCUCAGACGUCUUCUGCGAUCGCUCUCUUCCAAAGGCUGCACGUGAAGAUAAGGUUCUUGUUGGAGAAUGCAUCGGAAACGCAAUGGACAUCAAUACAUUCAUCGCUUACAUGAUGGGAGUUGGCUUCAAGGAUUUCAGAGUUGUUACAUCCCGCAUUCUAAACUUACCAGAGUUCCCUCCAGAACUUAUUGAGCCAGGAACCGUUUUCUGGAGUAUUACAAUUUCUGCUUUCAAAGGUGUUCAACAACCAGAGUGGAAGCAUGACAUUGUCAUGUACAAGGGUGGCAUCCCAGGAAGCCCAGAAACCUACAAGCUCGACGCAAACCAUUCUUUCAAGGUUGGAGAAAAAGUCCCAGUUUAUUCGAAUAUCGCUGAGAUAUUAUCCACUAAGAGAUACUCACCAUUCUUCGAGAUCAACAAGGACGAGACACGCGAAGCACCAGCUCCAGUUCCUUCUUUCAUGGAAGUUGUCUUUGCAAGCGAAGCAUCAAGUGGUAAAGGCUGCUGCUGUGGUGGUGGAAACUGCUGCUAA